UUUUCAAUUUUGUUACAUUAUUCAUUUAUAUCAAUUGAUAAAGUUCGACAUUUCGACCCACGUAUAUCUCUUCGGAUUGCCUCAUUCAUAUCUAUUUCUAUCAACGCAGAUUAAUUUUUAUCUUAGUUUAACUUACACUUUAUCUUUUUAUUAUUUAUUUUUAAUUUAAAGAAUUGGAUAAACAGGAAGAGUAAGUAAAUAGAUAUUAAAGUUAAUCUGCGUUGGUAGAGAUAGGCAUUAAAUUAAUCGUGAAUAAUCGUGAAUAAUCGUGAAAAGUAAUAGAACGUAGGCUCGGUCGCGUUUGAAUAGUGCGCGUUGGGGCGCCAUAUCGGCUGGCUGACGUAACGAAAGCGUGCGUUAUUUGGAAAAUAAGAAGGCCGGCUCUCGCACAGAUCGAUAUGGCGGGUCGCGUCGCGCGAAUUCCGUAUAUUCCGGCGCGAUAUAUUUCAUGCGGGAGACGUCGCGUUAUCGGUGCGCCGGCUAACGCGGCAUCCCGCAGGCAGUCGGAGAGAAGACGCGGCGUACGCUGAACCGCGUUUGAAUCCGAGCGCCCUUCGCGCCAUUCCCCGCGGCAGAUGCACGAAGGUCAAAAGUAUUUUAAAAAUAAGGCCGUAGGCAUUGGCAGAUUGGUAUGGCAGUGGACGUUAAGGGUCGGGUGGCGUUGUAAUGGCAAAAAGUUUACGAGAGAAGCGCGGAGGACGUUGUGUGGGCCUAGACAGCCGCGAUUUAAUCUGCGGGGAGAUAUUGUCAGAACGAUAGGAGAGUGCUCGUGGAGAAAGUGGUCGGGAUUGGAGAUAGACAAGAUGGACCAGCAGUAUUGUCUACGGUGGAACAAUCAUCCAGCCAACCUCACUGACGUUCUCAGCUCGCUGCUAGCCAGAGAGGCACUCUGCGAUGUGACCCUGGCCUGUGUCGGAGAGACUUUCAAGGCGCACCAGACCAUACUCUCCGCAUGCAGUCCGUAUUUCGAGAGCAUUUUCCUGCAAAACACCCACCCCCAUCCAAUCAUAUUCCUCAAGGAUGUCAAUGACACAGAAAUGAAGGCGUUGCUGCACUUUAUGUACAAGGGCGAAGUCAAUGUUAGUCAGCAUCUGCUACCGAUGUUCCUUAAAACAGCGGAGGCAUUGCAGAUCAGAGGCCUCACGGAUAAUAGUGUAAAUAACAAGACGGAGGACAAAUGCCCGUCACCAGAUCCAGAAACGCAAACUGGAGUUAGGCAUAGCGAUUCGCCUAACCUCCAGUCCCAUCAUGAAAAGAGGAAAAGAAAGAACUCAGGCAGCUACGACGUUUCUCUUUCUGGUCCACCUAGCGAAAGAUUCUUGUCUGACUCUCAGGGUCAUCCAGUUGGACUGAUAGGAGAAGAUGGAGGGGCCACGGCAGGAGCACUCAGUGAUGGUGUUCAAGGGAUUGAAUCAUCUGAGCACCAUAAUCCUCCGGAAAUGCUCGACGGACUUGAUGGUUCAAAAGCCUGGCACAUGCGGCUGACCUUUGACCGGGUGCCAGGCGGCUGCAACCUUCACAGGUGCAAGCUGUGCGGCAAGGUCGUGACGCACAUCAGGAACCACUACCACGUCCACUUCCCCGGCAGGUUUGAGUGUCCUCUCUGUCGUGCCACGUACACACGUAGCGACAACCUGCGCACGCACUUUAAAUUCAAACACCCCGAAGCGAGAAAAAUCGAUCUUAAUGAUUUCAUGGCGGGCUCGUUGGCGCUCUCAACGAGCAACGACACCAUGAACACCAUGAACACGCUAUCCUAAAAACGCCGGAAAAAAGAAAAACAAGAUAAAUGAGAUACAUAUAUAUUUAAUAUAUAUUUAAUACAUAUAUAUAUGUGUAUAUUAAAUAUAUAUUUAAAUAUGCACAUAUACAUAUAUAUUGAAACAUAAUAUAUAUAACAUACGCGCGCGCCCCAAAAAUUAUCUAUAUAUAAACAAUGGAAUAUAUACAUAUAUAUAUUUACUGAGAGCGCGGAUGGCCGCAGCCACAGGGGGGUAUUCCGCGUAAAUCGGCGAAAAUACGGCCCUGAAGUUACGGCCAUUGGGGGGAAAAGGGCCGGUCUCUCUCGGCUUUUCUUCUUUCUCGAACACCAAAUCUUUUAUAGGUUCUACGCUUAAGGGAUAUCGAGAACUUCUCCUGUAGGGGUCUUUUUUAACAAACGAAAAUCGCAAAAAUGGUAAAAAAAAAUAGGAAAGAUUAAUAUACAGCGAUGUGUACAGUUUAGUGUGCGUUGACUUUUUGGGAGUGGGCUUGUAGCUAACGUCGAAGCGCUGUGAGGGCUAAGUUCUUUCUUUCUUUCUAUUUUUUUUCCUUCCACGAGCCGCCGAGGAGCGGAGGUACGCGAGCGUAGUCGCGUCUCGAGGGCCAAAAAAGGCCGAGGUCACGAUCAUAAAAUCCAAUUCGAUUUGUCUCACCGGAAGAUGGAGAUUCGUUAGAGCGCGACGAUGACAGGACGGCGACGGGACUACGACGCGUUGCUCUUCCUCGAGCUUUUCGGCAGAUCAAACCCGUCGUUUUUUCGAUCGCGGCAUCGUCGACGCGAUCGGUUGAUCCGGGACGAGCCGUAUUGUUUAGCGCAGGUCGCUUUUUCGGCGUUUCUUUUACUCGUGCGAGGAGAGAAGGUACCUCUCUUUCGCGCGGAGCCGUCGUGCUUACGCUCGUGCUUUUCAUUUGCUGAUUCAAUAUAUCGCGGAUGAUCGUGAUCUACGUUGUUUACGAGACGCUCGCGUGCGUCAACCUCGUGCACGCGUCAACCGCGUCCGCGUCGCGAUGAUGUCCAAAGACCGGGCAGCUUUAUCUUUUCUUUUUUCCUUUUUCUCGUGGUGAGAAAAACGAACGCUGAUACUUUUUAGCCGCGGGGAAAGUCCGUGCGAUUGAAUUGAUGUGAACCGCUCGCGCGGUUAGUGUGUGUGCGCGCGCGCGCGGAUUUAAUUACAUAAUUAAUAUAAAUGCAUAUAUAAAUAAAUAUAUAUAUAUACAUAUAUAUAUAUAUAUAUAAAAUGGGAGCAAACGUGGUGCCAAUUUCCUCCCGUAGAUGCUGCUGCCGACCGAUCGGGACGGCGAGAUGGCAGCCGGAAAGAAUAUUAAUGAAUCAAUUAAUUAAUUAUAAUGAUAUCUAUUAAUUAUUAAGCUGAGUCGCUGGGAGUAAUUCAUUCGAUACGCAGGGUGAGUCGUAUAGUUGUUGAAGAGUUUAUAGUUGGACUUCAUAUUAGAAGAUUGUAAUCGUAAUGUAUUACCAGCCUUCGGAAAUCAGUAGCAAUAUUAACAUACACGUGCGCACCUACGCACGCGAGUUACACGCAAGUAUGUACACUCACACACGCACACCCUGACUUUUGAACACGGGGCGCAGCUCGCGAAGGGUCAGCACCGCGGAAGGGACACGCGCGAGAUACGCGCACACAGCAAAAAUCGAGCGACAACGAAAUCUCUGUCCUUUUCGCACACGUUGGUGAAAUUUUAAUAAUACGUUGUGUAGUCGCGCUUUGCAGUCCUAAUAUGAACUUUGACUAUAAAACGCACGUUACUUGUUAAUUAACACCUAAAGUCUAUAUUAUUAACGAUUAAGCGUCGCACGCCGCGCUGUUAUAAUGCGCGAUCGCGGGGUAAAUAGUGGAAAUCACGGAGACAUUCCACGAUUCGGGACUUAAGUGCGUAGGCAACAAAUAAGGUUUUACUUGUAUUGGAUGAUUUAUAGAGUACUAUAUUUUAUACUUUAUAUAACCCACCACACACUAAUAAUCUACCAUUGGUUGGAGAUAUAGUUACGUUAAAGAUUAAUUUUAUUCGAGGGAUGGUCACGAUACUCGUAUCGUCAUUGCACAUUGAUAUUUAAUUGGUUGGGGUGCAAUCUGUUUGUUCUUCUUUCUUUUUUGUUUGUUUUUUUCCUUCAUAUUUUUCAUCAUGAAAUUUACGUUUGACGUAUAUAUAUAUAUACAUAUUAUAAUCAUGGUUUUACAAGAGGAACACGGAUAAAUAUACAUCGCUCAAAAGUGAUUGGGAAACCACCUCUUCGAGUGCCGGCAUCGUCCGACACAUGACCGUCUGACACUUUGAAAUGUCCAAGAUUGUUCCUUGCGUUUAAAAGGUAUUUCACGGUCAUUUUAACAACAUCUGAGCUUGAGCAUUCCACGGACCUUCUCUCGUCCAAAGAGGUGAUCUUCUAAUUAUUUUUAGAGCGAUGCUUUUACAUAUUAUAUUACACAUGCACACGGAAGAGAGAAGAGAAGAGGCGCCUCGCAGAGUAGGUGCGGGACACAACAGGGACAGAAGCUUUCCUUAUUGAAGCGAAAGUGUAGCGACCCCCCACAGCGUCCAGUGCGAAUACUUUAAAGAUCAGCAAUCAAUUUAGAUCUUCCCCGUUUCUCGCGGACAAUGUGAGAUCUAAAUCGAUUAUUAAUCUGCGGAGCUGGUACCAAAUCCGACGCCAAAGUCGAGGGUCCGAUCGAAGACACUUUCUGCGUACGAAUGUUAAUGAUAAAAACGUAGCGACCCCCCUUUGGCGACCUUAGAUUUCUCUGUCGGAAACUUUUUGUCGAGGACACUCGACAGUUUUUUAGAAUUAGAUUUGAAAAUUAUCAGCGCUGAAACGUCGCAUAGUUACAGAUAGCAAUAAUCGCCUCUUUCAUGGGGGUCGCUAGCCAGAUAUCACAGAGAGGGAACACAUACAUACACGCAUAAGCAGAACUCCAUAGCUAUUCAAAGAGCCAAAUCGCAAUAUUGUGAUGAAAUGAUAUUACCGUCGAUCUUCUCUCUUUUUUGCAAAAAAGGGGCACUUUGCAUAGUUAAGGCUACCGAACACGCAUAUACCUAUAAUUUAAUAAUAUAUAAUCAGAAUAUUAAUAUAUUAUUGCAGAUUAUUAAGUAUAUACAUUAAUAUAUUGGAUAAUUUAUUUUAUUUUGUUUUAUCGUUUUAUGAUUUUAUGUAUAUGUUAUUCACUGUUUUAUAUAUACACAGCGCAACAUUAUAUUGCAAUACGCGACACACGCAAGGUUUAUUUAUUGACAGGGGCGGGGUUGAAUCGUGUUAUAAGGUGCACUUGCAGGCCUACCUCCUUGGCUGAGAAAUCACACGCCGAUCGACUUCUCUUCUUUCUCUCUUUGCCUUGCUUUUUUUCAAACUCUUUGCUACUUCCGCGCAACGCGUUGAUUUACCACGUCUAUUAAUUACGAUUGCCUAACGUUCCGUCGCGCCUAUCUACGCAAAAGUUGACCCUCCAGCUCUGAUUGAUGAAUAGAUUAUUGUGAUAUUUAUCAGCCGUUUUAUUUUAUUAUUAUUAUUUUUUUUUAUACGAAUAUUUGUCUUUGGAUAACUUUUAGAAUCCACGCAAAGUACACGUGGCAUUAUUUAACGAAUUAAAAUUUUAUAAAUGACACGAAACUUAAUUCUCUGAUUAAAAAGUCAGCAUGAUGUUACCGUCGUAUAAUAAUUUAGGAGUUGAUUGCAAUUUCUGUGUCGAGUCUGGAAGAAUUAAUAACACGAGACGAGUCGUCUCUGCUGCGCGGAAAGCGAAAGAGCGUGAGGGAAAAUCGAAGCGCGGAAGAAGCAGAGUCUAGAGGAGAAUAUGGGGAGAACAACUUUCACGAGCAAUGCUGAUUUUCUCAACAAUUCCGUCCUCCGUGCGAAAACAGGAGUACUCAAAUUUGACACCAAUCUGUUUAAAUAUAAAUUUAUAUGAUUAUUUAAAUUCAUCAAUUAAAUUAAUGUUAAGAAGGGCGGGGGAGGGGGGAAGGAAUUAUUCUUAAAAUUGUCAAGUCUGUGGACUUUUAAUAAAGAAUCCGCGUGGACUGCUAAGAACAUUGAUUCGCGUAAUAAUUUACUGUUCAUUCGGUAAUAUUUGUUCAAGGCUCGAAGGAGCGCCGAGAAAUCACCUGCACGCAAUAGCGCGUUGAAAGGCACCAUUUGAGAACCUUCGGUGGAAAACGUCAGCGCGAUUAUUUUUCCGCGUGUUUUCACGAUGCUCUCGAUACGUCAAACUCGGAUAAACGAUGGGCGAUGGUGGACGGCGCGGCGUGGCGCAGAUUUCGGCCGCGCACGUGACUCGCUCGUGUUCGCAGUCUCUCCUCGCGAUGCAUCCGCCCUGGGUGCAUUGCGGGCGUCCUCCGGGAGUUGAAACGAGAGAGCGAAGACAGAGGGAGAAAGCGUGUGGGCCGGGAUCGAUGUUUCCAUCGUGCGCGCGAAAUUAUGGUCCGGCCUGCAGUCGGGACGCGGUUGUACUUAAUUGGUUGACCGCGACAAAGUUUGACGGUGGAGUUUGCUUUUCAUCUUUCAUCCUAAUAUUGCGAGAGUCAACUUCGCCGCCGUCGUCGCUGUCGCCCUGUCGCCAUUAGAAUGCAUUCGUCGUUAGUCAGCCGGCGCGGCGCAGCGCGGCGCGGCGCGGCAUUCGAGAGGAGCUCCAUCCCUCGGGAAACUUCCGUUUUUGUCACCUGUCCGCGUGCGAAUAGACAGUUCGCUGAGUGAGCGAAAUUAUCACGAAUAUUAUCGGUAUAUACUUAGGCAUUCUUUUUAACUUUUUAGAUGAACGCCGAACGCCGCGCGCGCACAGCGCAAUUACGCGGAUCGAUGCGGAGAAGUCACGCAACACGUGAUAUUAUAUUAGCCAACUAAAUUACUACGCGAUUGUUAGAUUUUUGCCCCUUUAAUAUCCUGUUACGCAUCUAAUUGCGACUCUAAUUUCGACGUCUCUCUGAAAAGACAUUUAAAAAUUUAUACCGCAUCCCGAAAUUAUCCGUAGAGAUAAUUUUUUUAUGAAAAUAUUUUUUUAAAUCUGACCUUUCAGUAGGAAUAAAAUAAUUACGCGUAACGAAUCAUUCUGGUAUUAAUUGUCGCGAGGUCACUCGCCAAUCUGCGAAUAUUAUAUCUGUAAAGCGCGUGUUAAAUAAUUCAAUAAUGUCAGAAUCAACACUCUAUUUUCCAUCGCGCAAUAUUUACAUAAACAAUAGCGACGUAUUUAUACGGUUUGCGCGAUUAUUAUUCAACAGCGUUCGUAGACGCGUGACUUUUCGUUCGUGCUGCAUUUACGUAUGUUGAACGUUCGUCGGCACUGCACGCCGACCACUGUCAAUUUCCGGAAUUAUCCAUACACAAACUGUCAAAUGGUCACGGCCGUACAAAGCAUCCGAACCAGACGUCGUACAUACGUAAACGAUUUACACAUUUGCGCACGCAUAGAUUUCACGCGUACGGAAAGGUCGUCGUAGCGACGUCGUAUCACGGUCGACUAGAGCGAUAGGCGUAUACACAUUUUCUCGGCAUGAAUAAUGAUUUCCCGCUAAAGAUUCUAACGCAGUCAUUUUCGCGAAAGUUAAUUAAAAUCCGGGAAGACCACAAAUCCUCGGAUCUUCUGUCCUCCAUCCGUUUCUCGAUAAUUCUUUAAACCUUCCGAUUUCCGAGACGGAAAUCUCGGCGUUUUUGAAGCUUCUCUCGAUCUUCUUUUUCAAUCUUUUUAAGUUUGCAAAAAUUAACCUCGGAUGCCAAAGUUUUUCAAGUGAAAUUCCAGUUAAAAUCGUAAACGUUGAAUUCACUUGGCCACGAAUUUUCCGCGGAUUUUGAUUGUGCUCGUCGAGUCCUAUAGGUGCCGUAACUUGGCGUUUCAUCACCAGGGUUUCACGGCCGGAAAUCUGACGCGCGCUUUCGCAGCCAUAUCGAUCGUCCGGCGCUCACGACGAUCGGGAGCGCUCGCCGAUUGCGUGCAUACAUGCGGAGCACGAUGUUUGGCACGCCACGUAUUUCGACGGAUAAAUAGCUGAGUAGAUGCGGCAAUGGCCAGGCCAAGUGGGAGGCGGAUCGCGGUUCUAUCAGAGAGCAUCGUGAAAUCGUGUGAAGCAGUGUUUUUCCAACUUUUUCAAAUCGGACUUUCCUAAAACUUCAGACAUUUGUAUUGCUUAUUGCGAUAAUAAUUUUUAUUAUUUCUAUUUGAAUAUCUCUUUUUAAAAUUUUAACCGACGAUUAUCUUCUGCCUGAAAAACUCGCGGAAGUUGUAUUUUAUUACAAAAUAAAUGUAUACAAGGAAAGAGGAUGAUAAUCCUUUUUUAAGGUAUUCACGUAUAAGUGCAAUAUAAUGACAACAUUGCAAUCAUGAAAUAUUAAUUAUCAGUUAUUACAUUAUUUUAGAAAAAAAAAUCAAAGUAUUUGCAAGCAGAUGUUACUUGUUUUCUUCGAUAUAUUUAUUGGUUAUAAAAAAUUGAGUUGUGCCGAAGAAAUAUAUUUUAUUUUUCGUAUUAAUUGGUUUAUUUGCUAGGAAUAAAAUUUUACUUCGUAUUUGAAUAUUUAUUUUAAUGAAAUAAAUUUUUCUCACAAAUAAAUUUUUAAACAUCUUUUUCUCAGUGUAUAAGGAAAUAACAAGUGUUAACAAAUAGUGCAUACAUUUCUUUUUAAUUUUAACAAAUUUUAUUUAUUUUAUCAGAAUCGAAUAUAUAUAUAUUUUUUGGAUAUAUUUUCCAAGCUGUAUAACUGCAUUAAUGUUCGUUGCGGCUUUCCACUCUCGUUUCACCCCCUCCGCGAAUCUAUUAUAAUAUAUUGCGUAUCACGCGAGAGUACGUGUGGAAAAUCCGAUUCGGAAAACACUGGUAUGAGAACGCUGAUCCACCGAGGACGCGAAAUACGCGCGUGAAAUCGGAAAAACAACCGCGAAUGGAGUUGUCGUCGACUCGGAAACGUAAUCGGCGCGGAUCGUUCCGUCCGCACGUCGAAAACCAGACGAAUGAACUUUCCGCCAUCCGCGUCGUCGCCCCUAUGCGCGUGGGAAAAAGGGGAUUUUUACGUCAACGUUUUUCCUUACCACCACCGUCGCGCUUUCGCGACUCCAUCCCUGCAUCACGUUGCAUUAUCGCGCGGCUGUCCUCAGCGCGGACUAAUUUAUUCACGGCGCUUUAUAUCCGGCGGCGUCCGCUAUGCCGACGCGCGAUUUGCUUUGUGAUUCAACUCUCCCUCUUUCGCAACUUUGCAUUUUGUUACGCGAAACAUGAAUAUAUGACGGAGACGCGCGUCGGGCCUCGUCGAAUUUUUAAAAACCGAAAUUAAGAUGCGGAUUCGCGAAGGGGAUCGCCGUGGAGUGUGCGAGCUUUUUGCGCGAAGCGCUAAUUCAGCGCGUUGCAACGAAUGAAAGUUCUUUCAAAUUAGACGCAGUCUUCGGAACGUAUGAAACUUUCAAAGAGACGGAGGUAACGCGAAUCGGGAGUGUUUGAAAUUUCGGCGUGUCACUCUUCGCGCGAAAUCUUUUCUCGGUUUUUCGUCGGGAUUGGCGAACGCGUGCAACGGUAUCGUUUCGAAAGGCCAUUAGAAAAUUAAAACGCGACACGGCGAGAGCGUCAAAGUCAACGGGGAAACUACGCGAUGCUCGCGAGCGGGAUAACAAUGGAAGCUGCAGAACUGCUAUCGGAGCAUUCGGAGCGUCCGUAUAAAACGAAUUCCCCGAUAAAAAGCUAACUCCGAAGCACGCGAUCCGAUAUAAACGACCCGUCAAAUCUUUCGUCCAAGUGUUACGAGCCAAAUAAAUCACGAUGCCCGGAGGCAACGUCGUCGUCGUCGUGACGAAAAAAUCGAGCGCUUGUUACGAGCGUGGAAUGACGUAAACGAGAGGGAGGGGGGAAAAAAUGGUCGAUGUCCCGAUAGAUAGAUUGUAAACCUGCGUGGGACUGACCACGUUAAGUUGAAAUGUAUUUCGAUUUUAUUUCCGGUCAUUCGUUUUAAAGGUAGCAGAGACUUUUAUACGAUCUUGGUUCCAAAUUGUUCUGUCGUUUUGCUAGGGCGCGGACAACGCCGCAGCAAAACGAAUAUCGCGAGUAUCGCAAAAUUCGAAAGUGCUCGAGGAAAGAUCCCGAUAUAAUCUCUGUUAAUAAAUAACUGUCCGCCGGUAUACGUGUCGCCGCUGUUAUUCGACGCGACGAGACGUCGUAUUUCGUUUCGUACCGUCGUCGGAAACCCGCUGGCUGCCCGCUCGUCGCGAUGGUGCAGCAUCGACAUGUGAGUCUCGAAAAGAGGGUUCCGGGGAAAAGCCCACCACCGUCACCGCCGCCGUCGCCGCCGCCACGAUAACGGCGGUUAUGGAAGCGCGAGGCAAUAACCUUUGGCGGAAAGUUUAUUUAUCUGGGAGUGGCGUGACGCGAGAAAACGAACAAGACGGAUUUCUAUAAAGGUCUUCUUUUUCUAAAUCCCGUGACUUUUGUACGCCCGCUCGCAGAAUUCCUUUUUAUCUGCGAACUAUACACGCCGAAACUUCUCGCUUUUCGUUUUUCUGCGGGGCGGAGCAUCGGAGAGGACGAAAUCAUGAGAUUGGAACUUGUACACAGGGUGCUCCCCAAGUGACAUAUAUACAUACAUACAUACAUAUAUAUAUAUAUAUAUAUAUAUAUAUAUAUAUAUAUAUAUAUAUAUCACUGGCACGGAAGCGUUUCUCGGCGAUAUUUCUCGUCUAUUUGAAGAGUAAUCUUAAGGACUUAAGAGUCUAACGCAGAAAAUUAUUAGAUGAUAAUACUACUAAAUGUUCAGCCAUCCAGGUGUCAAGUUUUACUAUGAAUGUACGUGUUUUGUAAGUGCAAUGUGUAAGAGAGUCGAAGAAUUUCAAUCUCUAGAUGUGCGAAACUCCUUGCAAUUAAUCCGUAGAAUAAAUCGUAGCUUAAGAGGACACGCUCGAUCGUAAGCGAUUCGAGGAGAGAGAAAAUCCCGUGUUAGUGAUUUAUAUAUCUCCCAGGGCGCCCUGAAACACACCACUUAUCCCCUUGUAAAAGCUCGCGUGCACCCGAGCCGACGUACACGUCCGAUUACACAUGCAUCUGCGGGGACAGAUAAAAUACAUCGAUACACGAAAGAUCGGGGUACACGCAGGGUCGGGAGGGAUGAGGGAGGGGGGGAUUCGGGUGAAAAAGAGAGAGAGAGAAAUACUCGGCACACAAUUUCACGAAACAUUGAAUCGGCCUGCGUGCCGGCGUUUUAACUCGGCCGCGGGUCGCCUGGCUGUUAUAUCGAAAACUUUUAUUAAUUAUAAAUGGAAAUUACUAUGAUGUACUACUAUUACUACCACUACUGCUACCGCUACUAUUAUUACUAUGACUACUGCUACUACCACUACUAUUACUAUUACUACUGCUACCACUAUUACUAUUAUUACUACUACAUAUAGGUAUUUAUAUAUUUACAACUGCGUGGUGUGGAGUGGAACAUUGUGAUAUAAUAGAUUGGUGCUAACACCUUAUUGAAAUUGAAAUGAAUUUAAUGAAAAAGAAAAAAAACGUGCAAUAUUGCGAUAGUAAAAGAUUGCGGGGGCACGGGCGCUAUCGCGCGGCGGCCAAGUUGCGUUCUCCGAAUACUUUCGGUGCAGGCGGGAACGAGAGAGCGGGUAAGGCGAGCGAACGAGUGGAAUAAUGUUUCUCCUCUGAAUUUUCUGAAAUCCUCGUCGUUGCGCUCGGCGCAGUUGAUCCGAUUCCGGGGGUGAUCGAAUGACGGUCGAAUUACGCGAGUUGCGGAAUGCGAUGACUCGCGGCGUCGAUUACGCGGAUGCGGCCAUCGUUUGCGCACGACCGGUAACCGAGGGGAUCGGGUUGUACGGCGUAGACAUUAAAGAGUACUUAAAGAAAUUCAAACUUGUCCAAAUUGAUCCUCGAAAGUCUUAUCUUCUUCUCCCGAUUAUUCAUAUAUAUAUAUAUAUAUAUAUAUAUAUAUCUUUGGAUUGGAUUUCCCUUCCCAAUACUUGCACCUCACGAUCUUUCGAAUCAAAGAUCCACUUUGAUAGCGCGAGUUUGAAAAUGUCUAGCAGCCGUACGUGCAGUACUCUCGUUCGGCUGUCUCACGAUUGACAACGAAGCGCGAACGAACCCCGGAAUCGCGUGGAUCGGCGCGCGAUCGAGGAGACGUUCCAAACAAUCGAGGACUGAGUGUGCGAGAAAAGCGAAGAAAGAAACUAUGGCUGUGCAAGUGAACAUUAUGAGUGUAGUUAAAUAGGCGUUACCUAGGGAUUAGGCUUAGCUGAUAGGAUAAGGGGCGCGUUUAGGCGUUUUGUUGUUUUUUCCACCACCGCGCGACAGCCCCCUGCUCCUUUUGUACAUUAUUAAACUAAAAAAAAAGUACUAUUAUUAAUAUCUCUUUAUAUAAUAAUAUAUAUAUAUACAAAUUACGGAUUAACUAUGGAUAUAUAUGUAUAUACACACACACACGAUAUAUGUAUAUAUAUCUAUCUUCAUAUAUAUAUAUAUAAAUAUAUAUAUAUACAUUUUGUUAUUUUUCUCGGGGGAUGAAUAAACUAUAAUAAUUGUAAAUCGUAACAAUAUAGGGGAUCAGUGUUCCCUGCGAGAAUACUGAGCGUGUUCUACUCAUCAUUUUAAAAAAACCAACAAAUUUAAAAUAAAAUAAAAUGUGAAUCGGCGCGACUGUCAGACUGAAAGUUGUGAUUUAACGCGUGUAAAUAUAGAAAACGAGCCUCUAAAAUUAGAUUCGACAUUUUAUGAACGAACGGCGAGAGGAAGCAAAUCGUUAUCCGUUGCAUUUUUCGCAUUGUAUGUGUAACGUGUACGAGAGAAAGUGUAAGAGAAAGAGAGAGAAUGCGUGCGUGUAUGCUUGCGAGAAAAGAAGGAACCAAAUCGCGAUUAACGUCCUUUCUUUUUUCCAAACGUCUCAUCUUUCUCCUCUUUCGACACACGUUGAAGAAAAAUUUGCAUCACCGUCCCAUAGCGCUCAAAUACACCGAAAGCUCAAACGUCCGUAAGUUUGAACGGCGAAUUUUAAGAAAGAAAAAAAGAAAACGAAAAGAUGAAUUCGGCGAUCGAGAUAGCCGAUUCGAUCGAAAAAUUCGACGUGAUCGCAAACGUUUCGUCAACGUGUGUGUGUCAAUUUGUAGUAUUUUUUCUUCCUAUUAUGUUCCUAAUCUCGGACCCGACUUUCAUGUCUUUCUCUUUUAGUUCCUCCUUUCCACGGAAUUUUAAUUUCCAUUCCUUUUUGGUCUUUCUUUCCUUUCACCGUUGUCAUUCGUUUUUUCGAAAGGUUCGAAAGUUUUUUUUUCAACAGUGUUGUUAAAAAGACACUGCGAGUAAUGAAUGCGAUUAAAAAUAUUCGGCGCGAUUAAAUAUUUGGACAAAAAGGGAGCAAGGCUCGUCAGAUUUUAACGCGUUUGCGAAUGAAGGUUCAAUCGCACGACUGCCGUUGUCGCCGUCGUUAUUAUUGCCCUUUUGGACCAUGAACGACGGCGAUCACGACGAUCGUCGAUUUUGCGAAGCGGCAGAUUGCUUGAGAGCUGAUAUCUUUCUAUUACACAUAAACGAGUGUUUGGCUCGAAACGUGCAAUAGGCGUAUUUAGCAAGGAAAUGGAGAAAAAGAAAAAAAAAUUUCGAAGAGAAACUCUCUCUUCUGAUUAAUGGAAUGAAUUAGUUAAGGCGUCAACCGGUUUUUAUCACGAGAAAUUAUUCUUACUAUUACUACUUCUCUUAUUGUUAUUACAAUUAUAUUCUUAUCUUUAUGAUUAUUCUAACAUAAAGUCUCUUAUGUUUACAAUUGCAUUAUUAUAUACAUCUUUAAUUCUAGUGUAGAUAAUACGAAUGAUGAUAAUGAUGAUAAUGAUGAUGAUAAACAAAAAAAUGGAGAAUUAAUCACAUGUGCAUUUAAUGUAUUUCAUACUAAUUUUUUGAUUAAACAUAAUUGUGUGUUAA